AUGGCCAACCAUGUCCAAGUAGCUAGCAUCCAUGUGGAUGAAACAACAAACUUCCCAAUAUUUGACUUUUCCAGACUUCACGUUACCAAUCAUUACUGGCUUGAGCACCCCCGCGUCAGAAGACUCAUGGGAGAUGUCGAAGGUGUCACUAAUCGCCCCAUGCUAUGCUCGCGUGACUGGGAGAUAUACUAUCCCCAGCUUGACAAGCUAUACGGUGAUGCGCAGCAUACGAUUCAUGCCGUUACAGAGGCUAUUGUCGCUUGGUGCGAAGCCAUUAUAGGUCUCGUAACAGACGAAUCAAACUGGAAAUGGAAGAAUGAAUUGUUUCGCAAUGUGGAUAGGAGAAACGAAAGAAUCCGACUCAAGAUCAAGAUAUAUCAAGCAGAGUCGCCUUCUGUCGUAUGGUCGGAGGAAGACCUAGGUUUCGUCCUGUUUAUCCCGGAAGCCAAUGUAAUGGACUUGUCCGGCCUGGUUCGUCAUUUCAAGGACCAACUGCUCUCCGCUUUUGACAGCGACGAACUCUACCACAUUCCUAAAGCGCAAUACAUCAAUGGCCCAAGCGAGCUUCUCCUCAGACCUCCAUACUAUCUCACCAUUCAAGCUAGCCCGACCUACAUCACCGUCCAAAGCAGUCACUCUCCUAGCCUCAAAUUUCUCGCCGAAUACCUCCGCGAGCAUGAAUCCAAGGAGGAAGCCCCCGUCAUCGACAUCAAGCUUCACCAAAACCUAUUCACCCCCAAAGAAAGCGCCAUCUACGACAACCUCACCCUCAACGCCGAUCCUCUGCCUGGUGGCCCUGUCAACCGCAUCUCUCCCUUGAUGCUGGUCCGUCUGGUCGAGAAUGAGCUGGGAUAUGAAAUGGACAACCGUAACCAAAACAGCAGGUACUUUUGCCGGAGAGAACCUUUGGAAGAGCCCCCGGAAGAACCUCCGAAAGCAGUCUAA